AGCUUCAGCUCCGCCAGCUUCAGCUCCGGGAAAAGUUCGCGCAGCAAGUCCAGGUGAUUGAUUGGACCCAAGAGACCCCGAGACAUGGACGAGCAGGCAAGUCUGACACCCGUGCGAGCUGCGCACAAGUUUAACGUGGACAACCUUCUCCACCAUCUGCGUGCGAACUCACUGGUGUCAAACAGCGACACGCUGACUGUGUCACAGUACAGUGACGGCCAGUCUAACCCGACCUUCCUGGUCCAGACGGCCACAAGCAGCUAUGUUCUCAGGAAGAAGCCCCCCGGUGACCUCCUUCCGGGGGCUCACAGGGUGGACAGAGAGUACCGGGUGCAGACGGUUCUUUACGCUGCCGGUUUUCCUGUCCCUCAGCCCCUUUUGUUCUGCGCAGACGUUGAUGUAUUAGGAACAGAGUUCUACUUGAUGGAACAUGUGAAGGGCCGCAUAUUCAGGAGUGCUCAGCUCUCUGGAAUGAGUCCUGCCGAGAGAACCGCUGUUUAUGUCGCUGCAGUGGAAGUCCUGGCCAAGUUGCAUUCACUGGAUUUACCAUCGCUAAAACUGGAAGGGUUCGGAAGAGGGUCGGGAUACUGCAAGAGACAAGUGACCACCUGGAUGAAGCAGUACAACAUGUCAGCCCCUAGAGACAUUCCAGCUAUGAAGGAGCUCUCUGAUUGGUUGUUGAGCAACUUACCGGAUAAAGAUGAGGAGGUCACACUCGUCCACGGAGAUUUCCGGCUUGACAACAUGAUAUUCCACCCGACCGAGGCCCGGGUGAUAGCGGUGUUGGACUGGGAGCUGUCCACCACUGGGGAUCCUCUAACAGACCUGGCCUACUUCCUAACGCCUCUCCACCAGGCUACAGACAUCUACAUUACAAGCUCAGCAGACAAACUAAAAACGAUGGAAGGCAUUCCCACAGCUGAUGACCUGAUCUCCAUUUACUGCAAGUGUCGGGGGAUCCCGCCCGCUUCCUUUCCUCAGCUGAAUUUCUACCUGGCUCUGACUUUCUUUAAAAUGGCUGCGAUUGCUCAGGGGAUCUAUGCCCGUUACCUGCUGGGUAUCCACAGCGCGCCGGAUGCAGAGAGUUACAGCCAGAAAAUCGAGCCUCUGGCCAAAUUAGGCCUGCAGUUUGCCAAAAGCCCUCUCACUGGUCCAGCAAAACACCGGCUGUUCCCGCAGACCACCAGAGGCCAGGCCGUGCUCCGGCGGGUCAAAGACUUCAUGCAAAUAUACGUGCUUCCUGCUCAGCAGGAAGUUGCAGAGUACUACAAUAAACACGCUCAGUCUCCUCUGAGGUGGCACACCCCACAAAUAAUAGAGGAUCUAAAGGAGAAAGCCAAGCAGGCCGGGCUGUGGAACCUGUUCCUGCCUGCAGUCAGCGGACUCACUCAGUUGGAUUACGCCUACAUCGCAGAAGAAACAGGCCGCUGCUUCUUCGCUCCUGAAGUCUUUAACUGCCAGGCUCCAGACACAGGAAACAUGGAGGUGCUCCAUAUGUUUGGCACCGAGGAGCAGAAGAAGAAGUGGCUGGAGCCUCUGCUGAGUGGAGAAAUCCGCUCCUGCUUCUGCAUGACAGAGCCCGACGUUGCUUCCAGCGACGCGGCCAACAUGGAGUGCACUCUCCACAGGGACAACAGCACCUACGUCAUAAACGGAAAAAAGUGGUGGAGCAGUGGUGCCGGCAGUGUCAGAUGUAAAGUGGCCAUUGUGAUGUGCCGGAGCGGCUCUGAGGAUGGCCGCAACAGGCACGGCCAGCACAGCAUGGUCCUCGUACCCAUGGACACGCCGGGUGUGAAGCUCAUCCGACCGCUCACCGUCUUCGGACAGGACGACGCCCUCCACGGCGGCCAUUUUGAGGUGCACUUUGAAAACGUGCGCGUGCCAGCAUCCAACAUGAUUCUGGGCGAGGGCAGAGGGUUUGAGAUCGCCCAGAGGCGCCUGGGACCAGGCAGGCUGCACCACUGCAUGAGGGCUGUGGGUUUGGCCGAGAAGGCGCUGGAGCUGCUGUGUCAGCGGGCCGCUUCCAGGCGAGCCUUUGGGAAAACCCUUUACCAGCAUGAAGUGGUGGCCCACUGGAUCGCAGAGUGCCGUCUCAUGAUCGAGCAGACCCGCUUGUUGACUCUGUGUGCCGCUCAUGCCCUGGACACCCUGGGCAGCAGGGCUGCUCGCAAACAGAUCGCUAUGAUCAAGGUGGCCGCAGCCAGGAUGGCCUGUAAGGUGGUGGACUGUGCCAUCCAGGUCCAUGGAGGAGCAGGAGUGUCGGGAGAUUUCCCUCUGGCGCAGAUGUACUCGUACGUGCGGACGCUGCGACUCGCCGAUGGACCGGAUGAGGUGCACCUGUCCUCCAUCGCAGGGCUGGAACUAAGGGAUCAGCUAAAGCAGGCGCGGGCCAAGCUAUAGAAAAAAAGACGGCGCGAAAGCUUAACAAAUGAGUAAACUUAAUCAAUCAAUGAAUUAAAAUAAAUAAAUAAAAUAGACGCUUGUUUAUUAGGAAUUCGUUUUAAUGUGAACUACAAAAACAGAAGUCGACAGCAUGAAUGUAAGACUUUUCCUCACACUCUACACGGUGUGGUCUACCACAUGGAUGAUUUCCAUUGGAAGGUGGAGAAAUUAGGACACAAACAUUAUUUUUUUUUUUUUAAAUCUUUACAAUAUAAAACAGCGGUGCCCCCCCCUCCCCCAUCUACCAGAUGCCAACCCAUGCAACGCCUUCCACUCUUUGUUGUCCUCUCCGUUAGCCUUCAGACCCCCCCCCGGCUGCCAGAGCAGUUCGUCUUCAGAUCGUGCGGCGCAGAGAAGGGGGAAGAGUGAGAGGGGCGGGUUUACAAGUGAACCACGAAAACAAGAGACGUCAGUGUUUGCUCUUCUUGGAUUUCUUGUGAGAUCGGUGGGGGGAUCUGGACCUGGAGCGGGACUUCUUCGUGGAUUUCUUGGGUGUCCUGGAGCGCGACCGCCUCGACCGUUUUGGUGUGCGAGGUGAAGAUGGGGAUCUAGUGGGAUGAAAGGCAUGUUAGGUUUAGCUUUUGUAAAGUAUCAAAUGAAACCAGGCGUAUGCAUGCACUUAAAAAAA